UGGAACGCCUGAAACAUGGCCCACGUCCAGAUGGUGCAGAAGAAGAGCAGUUCCAUGUCUCUGACCAUCGCUUCAUCUUCCUCUGCGUCGUUCACUAGGGAGCUUUCCUCCAGCUCAUCUUCAUCUUCCGCCACCCUCGCUUCAAGACACUCCAGCCUGCUGACACAGCCUUGUGUGAGCCCUCACAGGACUGAGAGUCUUGUCUGCACUGAACAUUCUGGCAGUGGAGUUCCUGCUACAUUUGUAAAGUGCCUCCACGAUGUGUGUGCGCUGAAGGGCCAGUUGGUGGUCCUGGAGUGUCGAGUCAGGGGGUCUUCUCCACUACAGGUCACGUGGUACAGAGAGGAUGAGCAAAUUCUGGAUUCUGACGACUUUAGGAUACUACGCAAAAAGGCCAGUUCUGCAUCCGUGCCAGAGGAACUCUGUACAUUGGUGAUAAGUGAAGCUUUUCCAGAGGAUUCUGGUGUGUUUAAAUGCAUCGCCCAUAAUUCCUUUGGCACAGACUCAUGCUCUGCCAUGCUGGACAUUUACAACGACCUUGAGGAGCAACUUGAGAUUGAGUCAAUUGGUCAACGGGAAGCAGAGUGCUUUAGGGAGGCAAAUGACGCAGAAUUCCACCUUGAGAGUGUUCCUCUUCACACUGGUGAAGACUUCCCUACUGUGCUGCCUGACUCCAUGAUUCUUACCCCGUCCGAUUGGCCCAGCAGCUCACUGGAAGAACACAUCACAGGGCAAAAGAAAAAUAAGCAAUUAGGUGGAGCUCCGUUGCUUUCAAGGCUUUUCUCGACCCAGUCGAACUUGCGACUGCGGCACGGUAUCACCUGUUGGCUGGUGUUGGCUCUUGGCUCUUGGCUCGGCUGCCUCCUUCAAUUGUUCAAGGAGACGGGCCCAUUUGACCGCGUGUUUUCCGUUAACGUGAAACAGAGGUCAAGUCGUUGUACAAGGGUCCAGGAUCCUCUGCUAGUCAACCAUUCUUCUGAAGAUCACUUCCUCCACAGUCAGGACGAGUCAUCACUGCAUUCAGAGGUCCAUCAGUCACCAGAAUUACCAGUCUCUACGCCCAGCCCUCACCCACCAUCUUCACCCAUACCACCUGCACCAGUCAAAGAAGCCCCAACACCCAAGCUUUUCACUCCAAGCAAGCUUAGUUUCAAUUCCUCCCUGUCAGGAGGCAGCAACACUAUGAACCUCUCAGACCUACCUACUUUUAAGCCUGAUUCCUUCCCUCCUAGUGCCUUCAACUAUGCGCGGCCAAGACACUUUAUUCAGUCGCAGUCCGCCUUCCAGGCACCCAGCUAUGAAAGUGUAAUUAGGGAAGCUCAGGAAAAUCUGAAUAAUUCCCAAGUGAAUGCGACCAGUUCCAACCAUUGUUCCAGUAGUUCUGAAGUUCAAAGUCAAACUAGAAUGAUGUCUUCACAAAACCAGCCAAAGUCCUUGUCUCAGACUCAGUCGCAGUUUCAGUCAUUGAGCCUUAAUAUGAAUCAAACCCUACCGAAUGGGACAGGCAAGUCAUCUCCUUCCUCUUCCAGUCUAAGCUCCCCCAUUUCCACUUCAUCUGCUGCUCCUCUUCACUCAUCUACGUCACGCGUGACCAUGCGUUCAACUAUAACCCUCACCCCGAGCGUCCCGAGUGUUAGCGGGCUCGGCAGUGCCACUCUGCCGGCCAAUCAGGACGCCAUGUCGGCUCCGGCUGCCUACCUCUGCUCUGUUUUGCCCUCCCAGUCUUCUUUCUCACCUUACUCAAAACUCUCCCCAAAAUCCACCCUUCCCUGUUCCUCCACUUCCCCGUCCCGCUCACCACUAGCCCCUUCAAGCCCUCGCCUUCCUGUCAAAGAAGCAUCUCCUUCCCCCCCUAUUCAGCAGCCUCCUCCUCCUCCAUUGUCCCCUUCCUUUCCUCGCUCCAACCUCUCUCCCACCACCUCCACACUUCCUCAACCUAGUACACCUAGUCAUAACAGUGGCCCGCCUGCUGUGCUCUCUUUACCUGCCAACUACAAGGGAACACCCAGCACCCAUCCGAAGCCUGUUGUCAAAAAGACGGUAGUUUCUCGGCCAUCUUCCUCUCGCUCUACAGAUGAAGAAAUCCAGGGUUCCAAAGAUGCGCUUAUCCAAGAUCUGGAGAAAAAGUUGCGUUCAAAAGAGGUUAAAAGAAGAAACAGCCAGAAACUUUCCUAUGAGGAGCGUAUGGCUCGAAGGCUGCUGGGUCCAGAUAAUGCCAACUACAUGUUUGACCAAGACUCUCUUUCAGACUCCCAACCUGAUCAGCCAGACUCACCGGAAGGAAGGCACACUGGUGGGCUAUGGGGGAAGCACCACUCUGGGACAGAUGAGCGGGGGAACGAGGGAUCGGCUAUCCAGGAGAAAUGUUACGCCCCCCGCUUCCUGCAGACCCCUCAAGACCUUACUGUGGAGGAGGGACGCUUCUGUAGAAUUGAUUUCAAGGUUGGAGGCCUCCCCACACCGGAUGUCUGCUGGUACUUGGAUGGUAAAGCAAUACGUCCAGAUGACUACCAUAAAAUGCUAGUGUGCGAGAAAGGGCUGCACUCAUUCAUCAUCGAGAUUGUCACCGUGCACCAUGCUGGUGUGUACGAGUGCGUAGCCAGGAACCGUGCAGGGGAAGCCAGAUUUACCUUGAGGCUUGAUGUCAUCGCCCAGGAGGCUCUCCGUCCUCCCUGCUUUGUUCAAAAGAUGUCAAACUUCCGAGCUGUGGAAGGUGACACCGUGAGGUUAGAAUGCAAGGUCGAUGCGUCUCCUCCUCCGCAACUCUUCUGGAAGAAAGAUAAAGAGAUGCUACGCAUUGAUCCGGCCAGAAUGAGCUUGUACCAAGACGGCUCGGGCAGACAGUGUUUGCUGAUAGAGAGGGUGGCCAUGUCCGAUGCUGGGUGGUACACGCUCUCUGCUAUCAAUGAAGCCGGCAUGUCCACAUGCAAUGCCAGACUGGAUAUAAGCUGCCGAGCGGUUCCACCAAUGAAAACGGCGCCUCCUGGUUCCAAGGCAUUGAAACUGCUGUCAUCUCUGAGCCACGUGCCCGCCAGGACAGCAGAGCCUGCCACCCAGCACACCGCCCCCCUUUAUGAGAGUGAAGAGCUGUAGAUCCCUUGAGAAACACACACACACCUCAGAACUGUUAAAGCACUUACACAGUGUAUUAGAAUUUACUUAUAAAGUGUAUUAGAAUUUGUGUUUGUGGAUGACACUGCGGUUGGUCCCUUAAGUUAAUCUUCAGUCUUCGUGGUUUUUCAUGUUACUGUGUUUACUCUUUCAAGCUGUAGAGCUCAUGUUGCAUACAAGCCCGUAAGCCUCACAAUCCAUCAUGGCGUCUCUCAGCAACAUGGUGCGUCGAGGUCACUUACUGUAAGUUUAUUAAUAGUUGUAGAGUGACAGUCGGCCUUGGUGCCUCUUUUGUGGUGGUCAAACAAAGGUUUACCGUAAAACAUUUACUCACAAAUUGGUGUCACCCUUAAAAAGCCACCCACUGUUUAGAAUGUGAUUGACCUUAUUUGCCACAGUCCCCACAAUCCAAUACCUACUUACUUUAGGCCCACUGGACAGUACUGCACUUUAGUUAUCACGAGACGCUUUUCUAGUCACUGGACAACGAAACAUGGAAAUGAUAUACAUUUUAUUGCUGUGUCACAACCUCCUGCGAUUCAUAAGUUUUUGUUUUUAAAUUGAAUAAUCUGUAUGUGAAUAUUUAUCUACGCUGAAUGCCUCUCAUAGCCCUGCAAACAUUCAAAUGUGCCUUCAUAAAGUACCUGUAAUUUACUCUUACAAAUCAAGUACACCCACGGUCAUUGUUUUGAAAUAUUUCACCAAAACUUUUGACUUGUUUGUAUGUGGACUGCAGUCAGUAACGGUCAUCCAUAUUCCUUCACAAAAUGUAACAAUCCUAAAAUUGCGGUUUGAGUACCAAAUUUAGGCCUUUUGGUGAAUGUUAAGCUGCUGGUGGGAGUGUUUCUCUUGAAACUGUCAAUUGAGUGGAUGAAUAAAAUCAAAAUAAACCUCUAAA